GUUUCCUCAUAACAACAACGUCCCUACCAGACUUCGACUGCAGACGAAAAAGUCCACUUUACACUAUACGUCGUAUAUCCAAGUGUCAAGUGAAUUUCGUCGAAGCCACUUCGUAAAAAUCAUGGAGAAGUCUCUGGAAAAGUGCUUAGAUGACGUGUAUCACAGCACUGGAGUUUCUGGUGUGCUCUGUGCAGAUAGCCAAGGACUUUGUUUAGGAGUCAGAGGGAAAGCUUCUGCAUCUUCAUCUGGUGUGAUAUCAUCUCUCGCCAACAAGGCGGCCAUGCUGGAACCAGGAAAUUCUCAGCCAGUCAUUCUCUUGGAAAGUGACAACAGUCAGUGCCUCAUCCAUCGAAACAACGGCGUGACCCUCGCAAUAUACAAGUCGCCGGAAACAUCGUAGUGAUAUAUAAGGACUUUGUCUUAGUAUGUUGUCUUGCAGUAUUUAAGCAAAGUCAUUUUUAUAUUCCAGAAUCUUUCAUUUUAGUACUAGCUAUUCUGUAUUUAUAUGUAAGGAGAGCAUUUUAAUCAUAGGAUGAGAAAAGUAAAGGCAGAUGAAGUCAAGUAAUUGUGGCAUUCAUACUAGUGGAAUGGGUGUCACCUUCAGAGUGACAGCGU